AGGUCAAUGUGCUUUUUUUUCUGAGAAAUGAAGCGACUUCUGCUUUUCGUCCUGGGAGCACUGCUCCUCCCUGAACUCGAAGGGACCAAGCAGCGUGAAGUUCGAUUCCUGCUUGGAAAUAUUUUUGGCAAUAACAACCCUCCUCCUGCUGCCACACAAGCCCCGCCUCAGCCCGAUAUUCCUCCAGCCGAGCCAGCGUCCUUAUGCCAAGGGGGCUGCCGUGAUGGCUGGUUUAGUUACAUGGGCCAAUGCUACAAGUAUGUCCAGGACCCAUUGACGUGGGAAGGAGCAGAGAGGGCUUGCCAAAGAGCAGCGAAUGGAGGUCACUUGACCAGCAUUACAAGUGCCGAACACAAUGAUUUCCUUGUGGACCUGGCCACUUACUCGGGACAUCGGACAGCCCAGUUCUGGACAGGAGGGAGUCACCAGAAGGGGUCCUCUCUCAAAUGGACAGAUGGUUCCACAACAAGUUUCAUGCAGCGUCCACUGUCGGCGCUUCUCAGUUUAGUCGGAAACACAAUCAACAGUCUUCUGAACAUUCGCAUCUGCUUGAAAUUAAAUAUAAAUCUUGGAGGCCAGGGUAACUGGGACGGCUCUGACUGCAGCAAGAAGAUGCCGUUCGUCUGUAGUUACACACCCAAUCUUCUCCCGCCGUAG